GAAAUGAUGAAUUUGAGGAUGAUGAGGAAAGUAGUGUGGAUAAAAUAAUGACUUUGAUUAGAGCCAAAGCAAUUCGUUUAUCCCAAAAUCAACUUCUUUAUAAAAACAUUUACGAGAAAUUGAAACUCCCAGCCAAGAAUUAUGAAAAAUUACAAGAAACCAGCAGAGAUGAUUUAGCCCCUUUUUAUCGUAAAAAUACUUUUCCCGCUCAAAAUAUUAGCAAAAGUGGUGAAAUUCAACAUCACGGACUACAAUAUGGCUCUAAAACUAACGAAAGAACUACCAAACCACAACAAUUUAUGGUUCAGGAUGGAGUGCGAAGACAAAUUAAUCAAACUACUUUUAAAGGAACUUACCGAUUUUUAGGAAGAUUACAAAAAGAAGUAAGUAAAAAGCAAGGGCAAAGUAAACUAAAACAUGAAGAAAGAAUAGAAGCCUGCGAAAAACUUAUCAAAAUUUAUGAAAAGACUUACGAAAGACCUACUAUUGAUUUCUUUUUUAAAACUUUGGAAGAAAUAGAAGGAUUUGAGGAAUAUAAAAAUAUUGUCGGUAAUUACUUUGUCAAUUUAUUAAACCCUACUUCAAUUCCAUUUAGACCUUUAUCAUUUAUUUUAGUAGGACAUCCUGGAACUGGUAAAAGUCAGAUUGCUAAAUUGACUGCAAGAGCAUCCAAAAGAGCAUAUAUUAGUAUUCCAAUGAAUGGGGUAGAUGAACCAACUUAUUUGAAAGGUCGCGAGAUUGCUUAUGGGGGAGCCGAACAAGGAAAAUUAUUAAAGGAAAUGUUAACCAAGGGAAGUAGUCAACCAAUAGUUCUAAUUGACGAGUUAACCAGAGCAAAAGGAAAAGCUAUAACCGACAUUAUUGGAACCAUGACUGACCCCGACCAAAAUGCUUAUUCUUUUGAAGAUGACUGGUUAAAAUGA